CUGAUGGCGUCCGUGGGAAUAGAAGAGUAGCGAUAGUGGCCGGUUGUAGUGGAGGAGGAGGAGACAAGGGCUAGGCUUGGAGAGAUAGAGGAGAAGUUUAGCUAGCGGCAGCUGGUUUUAACUGGGGAUAAAAGCAGGACCGGGAGAUUUUAUCCUGGAUUUAUUCAUUCAGAGGGGAAGAAGGAAUAGCGUGCCUCGGCUUCUGCUGGAGGUGGGCCUCGGCCUGAGCGCCGGGCUACUGGUGGAUAGCUAGCCGCCGAAGGCUUCGAGCUGCCCGGAUGCUCAGAGCUGCCUGUCCGCAUCUCUCGCCUUGCUGGAGCCGGCACUCUUCUUUUAAAGCCGGGCUGCGGGUCGCCGAGGACGCCAGUGCUCAGGAGAGCUCAGGCCUUUGAGGGGACGGCUUAGCUGGCUUAGGAGCUAGCUAGCUUAAUUCUGCUGCUUUGGCGCAAUAAUGCUGGUAGUUAUAAUGCGUCCAGCAGCCCUGUUAGCGACGUUAGCUUCGUGAGGAACGGGGUGGGAUAUUAGCUAUUGGGACAUGGGUGGACAGUCUCGAAUAAGAGGGUGGAUAUGUGGCUAGUUAGGUCAGCUAGCUAACUAAUGAAGUAACUGGCUAGGCUAACUAAAUAGCUAACCUAUCUUAACUAACUGAGGUGUUAUUUAGCUAGCUAGAGUGCUGACAGUGUUUUAUAGUCCUGUCAGAACGAAACGUCUCUUUAGAGUGAAUAGAAACAUCAGAGUUUUGGCCAAAAGUGGCUAAAAGUCGUGUUCGCUGAGGUGCUAGUUAGCAAGCUAGCCAGUCAGGCAGUUUUCCUCGACCUAAGCUAACGUUAGUUCAAUGAACAUAGCACCUAAAAUAGACUGGAAUGCUUGCUAUUCCUUGAUGUUAUCUAGCUAGUUAACCUAGCUACGCUAGUGUUUUAGCCCUCUGCCUUCAAAUAGCCAACUACGCUUAGCUAAGCUAAGCUAGCUACGUUUCAUUCACUGGAAGCUGCCCCCUUUAAUUCCAGUCUAAUGUGCCGCCAGUAAAAGCAACCGAGGCAGCUCCUCUCCUCCUGGUGUUCAUUUCAGAGGACUGUUUUGGGAGCACUGUGUCAUGGGCAAUACAGUAUCGUGCUGCGUGUCUCCCAGUGGGAGUCCAAAGCUUCCACGCCAAGCAGAUCGCUUGGAGGACUACCAAAUAAACACAGACUUGAGCGACGACACGGGUCCAUACCUGCAGCACAUCAGUGACAGAGAGCUGCCGGACGAUUUAGCUGUAGAGUCCAACCCUUCAGAUCACGCCCGUGCAAGCACCAUCUUCCUCAGCAAGUCACAGACAGAUGUACGGGAUAAGAGGAAAAGCAAUCAUAUAAAUCACGUCUCUCCUGGUCCCCUCUCCAAAAAAUACAGUUCAUGCUCAACGAUAUUCAUUGACGACAGUACAGUUAGCCAGCCAAAUCUAAAAAGCACAAUCAAAUGUGUUACAUUAGCAAUAUAUUACCACAUCAAAAACAGGGAUUCAGACAGAUCGCUGGAUAUCUUUGAUGAGAAGAAGCACCCCCUGUCUAGGGAGCAAGUUCCUGAUGACUAUUCGCGAACUGACCCUGAACACAAACUCAUCUACCGAUUCGUCCGGACACUGUUCAGCGCCGCUCAGCUCACCGCUGAGUGUGCCAUCGUCACACUGGUGUAUUUGGAGCGGCUGCUGACGUACGCAGAGAUGGACAUCUGCCCGUGUAACUGGAAGCGGAUCGUGCUGGGAGCCAUCUUGCUAGCUUCCAAAGUGUGGGAUGACCAGGCGGUCUGGAACGUGGACUAUUGCCAGAUCCUCAAAGACAUCACCGUGGAGGACAUGAACGAGAUGGAGAGGCACUUUCUAGAGCUGCUGCAAUUCAACAUCAACGUGCCGGCCAGCGUCUACGCCAAGUAUUACUUUGACCUGCGCUCGCUGGCCGACGACAACAACCUCAGCUUCCCCCUGGAGCCUCUGAGCAACGAGAGAGCUCAGAAACUCGAGGCUAUCUCCAGACUGUGUGAAGAUAAGUAUAAAGACCUGAGCAGAGCCGCCAUGAGGAGAUCCUUCAGCGCGGACAACCUGGUGGGCAUCCGCAGGUCCAACGCUGUACUGUCCUAGACCCCCACAGAUCCUACAACCGCUGAGAUCCUCAAUAUCCUGAAGCCCUGUUUCCUUUGACUGGAGUUCAGCAUCAUGAAUCCCCCUCAGACUCUUCCCGUGUCGUUUCCGGUAGAGACUUUUCACCGGUCCCGUCCCUCCCCUUACGAGAACUCCAGCCCAAACCAAUGCAAAAUGACCUAUCUACAUAGAAACAAAAACUGACUGAAUUGUUUUUUUUUUUUUUUUUGUUCUUUUGUUCUUUAUUUCUUUCAUUUUUUGCUUACUAUGUAGGCUACUAGCUGUGAAACUUGUCAGUUUUUAAUUGAAAUCAAUUGCAGAUGGAGUAUUUUAAAUAAACACUAAUCAUGUAAAAGGUA